AGUCAAACCCAUUUGCCCCUCACGGUCAUCUCUCUCGGUAUAAAAAUGGCGAAGAACUGCCGGAAGCGGCAGCCCAGCUCCUCCUCACAUCACAGCAGGUUCUAUCUCCACCCAGCAGCAAUGGCGGAAGUGGGGAACGGCGCGGGCAGUGGCGGGCGCGGCAUCCGGGUGUGCGUCACCGGCGGCGCCGGGUUCAUCGGCUCCUGGCUCGUCAGGAAGCUGCUCCAGGCAGGCUACACCGUCCACGCCACCCUGCGGAGCAUCGGGGACGAGGGGAAAGCGGGGCUGCUGCGGCGGCUCGUCCCCGGCGGCGGGCCGCCGGAGCAGCUGGUGCUGUUCGAGGCCGACCUCUUCGACGCCGCCAGCUUCGCGCCGGCCAUCGCCGGCUGCCAGUUCGUUUUCCUCGUCGCCAACCCCUCCGCGCACGAGGCCGCCGACUCCAAGUACAAGACUUCGGCGGAAGCCGCGGCGGAUGGGGUGUGCGUCAUCCUCCGGCUAUGCGCGCAAUCUAAGACAGUGAAGCGCGUCAUCCACACCGCAUCGGUGACGGCUGCUUCGCCGCUGACAAAGUCCUCCAGCGCCGUGACCGCGGUGUACAGCGAUUUCAUCUCUGAAUCUUGUUGGACUCUGCUGGAUGUCGAUUACCCUCUCCGGAGCGUGCAUUUCGAUAAGUACAUAGAGUCCAAGGUCCUGUCAGAGAAGGAGCUCCUCAGCUACAACGACGGCGAGAGCCCGGCGUUCGAGGUGGUCACCCUGUCGCUGGGCCUCGUCGGGGGCGACACGGUGCUCAGCCACCUCCCAGAGACGGUGGAGAGCAUGGUGGCCCCGGUAACCAAGCAAGAUCCCUACUUCAUGCUGCCGAGGAUCCUGCAGAGGCUGCUGGGCUCGGUGCCGCUGGUGCACGUCGACGACGUCUGCGCUGCGCUCAUCUUCUGCAUGGAGCAGCCCUCCAUCUCCGGCCGGUUCCUCUGUGCCGCCGCCUACCCGACGACCCUCGACAUCCUAGACCACUACAGCAGCAAGUACCCCCACCUUGAAGUCCUCAGAGAGACUGAUGAAGUAGCCAGGGUGCACCCCGAGAGGAGCAAGCUUUGGGAACUGGGCUUCAGGUACAAGUACGGGGUUGAGGAGAUACUAGACGAAAGCAUCGACUGUGCUGUGAGGCUGGGCUCCCUGGAUGCAUCCAAGCUCAUCGUCCAGCAGGAGUGAUGAACUCAAUGAUGUGCAGGGCAAGUGAUCAUAGUAUGCUCUUUACUUGUUCAUUAUUUUACAGUACCACAUGUACUACUAAAAGAAGAAAAACAAUAUAUAAAUAACAGAGAUGCUUUUCUAUUUACUGGCAGCUUAAGGUUAGCUUGUUCUUUGAUUUUUGCUCUGGAAAUCUGUACACAUUCAUAUCAUCGCUGAGAUCUUUGGAUUUUCCAUGUAAUUUAA